AUGCCCAAUGUGACUAAAAUAACAAGUUUCAUACUGAUGGGAUUCUCAGAUGUUUCUGAGCUACAGACUGUAUGUGGGCUGUUCUUCCUAGUAAUGUAUCUAGCAGUCAUAAUGAGUAACUUCCUUAUCAUCACUCUUGUCACUUUGGAUCUGAAACUCAAAACGCCCAUGUACUUUUUCCUAAAGAAUUUGUCCCUGUUGGAUAUUUUCUUUAUUUCUGUUUCAAUCCCAAAUUUCUUUAUCAAUAGCAUAACACACACUAAUUCAAUUUCUAUUCUGGGUUGUGCCCUCCAAGUGUUUUUAAUGACUACUUUUACAUCUGGGGAAGGAUGUAUCCUAACAGCAAUGUCAUAUGAUCGUUAUAUUGCCAUCUGUUCUCCCCUACACUAUGAAACCAUCAUGUGUAGUGGUAACUGUGUGCUGAUGGUGGGUGUUUCCUGGUCUACUGGAGUACUCCUUGGAGUUUUAUACACAGCUGGCAUAUUUUCCAUGCCUUUCUGUGGUUCCAGGGUGAUUCCACAGUUUUUCUGUGAUAUUCCCUCAUUGCUAAAGAUUUCUUGCUCUGACAAACUCCUAGUCAUUUAUAUAAGUCUUGGAAUUGGUUUUUGUCUGGGCAUGUCUUUUUUCAUCUGUGUUGUGAUCUCUUACUGUUACAUUUUCUCCACUGUGCUGAAGAUUCCUACCACUAAAGGUCAGUCUAAAGCAUUUGCCACCUGCCUCCCCCACAUCAUUGUUUUCAGUACUUUUAUUGCUACUGCCUGCUUUGUCUAUCUGAAGCCAUCCUCAGAAGAACCCUCAGCUUCAGACAGGCUGUUUUCUGUGCUGCAUACUGUUUUGCCUCCAGCACUCAAUCCUGUGAUUUACAGCCUGAGAAAUACUGAUAUCAAGUGUGCUUUGAGGAGGUUGCAAAACAAUCUUUUCCCAAGGAGUUCACUUACAUAA